AUGGCGGCCCGGAGCCCUCCUGUGCGCUCCAGCUGGAUUGACGAGGGAAAUGGGCUGAUCCCCGGAGCGGGCAAAGCAGUGCUCACUCAGUGUGGUUUAAGCAUGGGAAAUAUGAGUCGGAUUGUAACAUCAAAAGAUGACUGGAGUUCCAUAUUAGUAGAAGAUGAAGAGUCUGAACAGCAAGUUGGACCCGUGGUUGACCAGCAGCCCAGUGAUAAAAAACCUAAACAAGAGGAGCCACCCACUGAGAGUCAGGAUGUUACACCUGAGGAAGAGCAAGCAGAUGCAGGAGCACCUGACGCUCAAGGGACUGACCUGGAAGCUGAUAACCAAGAACUGGCCAAAACAAUGACUGGGCCUGAGGGUGGAGAUAAUCCUGAUGUCAUCGGGCAUGCUUAUGGAAAUCCAGAGCCCAUCGAAAUGCCAGAAACAGGUAUAUUACUAAUUAAGAAUGCAAUUAAUGUGUUUUCAGAUUUUCACAAUAUCAUACCUUUAAUGACCAGAGAUUACAUAUUGAUACAUCAAUAGACUUCACAG